GGUCCGGGGCGGUCCGGGGGCCGUGGCCGUGGCUCCUGGGCGAGGCGGGCAGUGCUGUCCGCCCCCACCCCCUCCCAGUGGUGGAGCGGCAGGGGCAGCCGGCGGAGAGCGCGGGGAGGUAUCAGGAGUUAAAAUGACAUAGGAAAGUAUUCAAAGUAUGGACUGUGAAAUUAACUCCUUCCACUUGAUGCUGAAAAAAGGUAAACUGAAACUCCAAAAAUUAUGACCUUCUCAUUGGCAAGUUACAGGAAAAGCACAUACAAGGCAACUAAAUAAGUACUGUGGUAUGAGGGUUUUGUCAGAUAAAUUGUCCAAAAGAGCUAUUUACCUGGAGGCUGUAAUAUUAAAUGAUUGAGCUCUGCACUGUGUGACCCUCACUAACACCCCAGCACUUCCGCAUAUGAAAUGCUUCAAAAGAAGAAACUGCUGUGGCUUAUUUGUGACUGAAGUGAAUUACAUUCCAUAUAAAAGAGUAAUGUAGGGUGCAGAGGGCAGUGCAGCUUGAACAAUCUUACCACACCAAUGGAAAAAACUUCUGAUUUGCAGCAAAAUAUGACAUCAAUAUUUUUGCUUAUUGGUCUUCUCAUUGUACUGAUACCUCUCUUCAGUGCUGAACGGUGUGUUAUUUGUGAUUACUUUGUACUUGUUGGAGAGCCUAUAGCUAUUACUUGCCCAGUAAUUACAUUGCCAGUGCUUCACUCUGAUUACAAUUUGACAUGGUAUAAAAAUGGUAGUGCUACGGCAGUGACCACAGAGAGAGAUGCCAGGAUCCACCAGCGAGAGGGCUUGCUUUGGUUUAUUCCUGCUAUGCUGGAAGAUUCUGGACUUUAUGAAUGCAAUGUAAGGAGCCUUAACCACUCUAACAAAAAAACUAUAAACUUAACAGUUUUUAAGAACGAUAAUGGUUUGUGUUUUAAUGGAAAAAUGAAGUUUGAACAAAAAGUGAUGAGCACAAGUACUGGAAAGAUUAUAUGCCCUGAUCUAGAACAAUUUAAAAAUGAAGACAGUGAUCAACCUGAAGUACAUUGGUAUAAGGAGUGUAAACCUGGAUUUCUUGAAGACAAGCGACUUGUUUUGGCAGAGGGUGAAAAUGCUGUCUUGAUUCGUAAUGUAACUGUGCAAGACAGAGGAAACUACACGUGCCGUAUGGUAUACACAUAUAUGGGAAAACAAUUUAAUGUUUCAAGAACCAUAAGUCUAGAGGUUAAAGAAAAACCACUGCAGAUGCAACCAGAGUUUAUUUAUCCAAGGAACAAUACAAUUGAAGUAGAUCUUGGCUCUCAUGUAGUUAUGGAAUGUAACAUAUCAAGUGGCAUAAAUGGCUUGAUUCCAUUCUGGCAAGUUAAUGAUGAGGAUGUUGACAUCUUUGAUAAAACCUACAGAGAACAGUUUUAUGAAGAGGGGUUGCCUCAUGGACUUGCUGUAUCUGGAACAAAAUUUAACAUUUCAAAAGUGGAAGUAAAGGACUAUGCUUAUAAGUUCUUCUGCCACUUCAUAUAUGGUUCUCAACAAUUUACAGCCUACAUAAAAUUGGAAUACCCGGCUCAAAACAUUCAGGGGUACUUAAUUGGAGGAGGAGUUUCCUUGGUAUUUUUAGUAUUUUUUACUCUCUUUAUCUACAAGAUCUUCAAAAUUGAUAUUGUGCUUUGGUAUCGGGACUCCUGCCAUCCUUUCCUGGGGAAAAAAGUUUCAGAUGAGAAGAUCUAUGAUGCUUAUGUUCUGUAUCCAAAGAGCAGAGAAAGCUGCUUGUAUUCAUCAGAUAUUUUUGCUCUGAAGAUACUGCCAGAGGUCUUAGAAAGACAGUGUGGAUAUAGCCUCUUCAUACUUGGGAGAGAUGAUUUACCAGGAGAAGCUGUGAUCAGCGUUGCUGAUGAAAAAAUCCGUCAAAGUAGGAGAGUGAUAAUUGUUUUAGUACCAGAGCCCUCCUGCUACAGCAUUCUGGAAGAUGAGUCUGAAAAGCAGCUAGCCAUGCAUAGUGCUCUUAUCCAAGAUGGCAUUAAAGUAAUUCUCAUUGAACUUGUAAAAAUACAAGAUUAUGCAACCAUGCCAGAAUCCAUCAGAUAUAUUAAGCAAAAGCAUGGGGUUAUCCAAUGGAAAGGGGACUUCUCAGAAAGGUCCCACUCAGCAAGAACCAGCUUCUGGAAGAAAGUGCGCUACCAGAUGCCAUCCAGAAAAAGUGGCUCUUUAUCACGAUUGAGUUUGUUACCAAAAGACUUGAAUCUGCCUUAAAUAACAAAUGAGAAAUGACACUUAAUUACUGAUUCAGUUCACACAGUUGGUGAUUGACUGAAGGUCCCAUGUAUCUGUUUUGUGGAAUCUCAUCCAGAUUUACUGGAGUGAAGGUACUACAGUUUCAUCUACAGAUAUUAAUCUUUUUUACUUCUGGCUGGAUCAACAGAACACUGUGAAAUAUCAUCAGUAGCACAUGUAGGAAGUACACAAGUACUUUUCCAAGAAUGAUUCUGCGAAGUUCCUUUGUAUUAAAAAUGAAAGGACGAAAAAUUGUCUUGAAGCCAAUGAAGAAAAUUUGAUUUUUUCCCCUGCAAUUAAAGUUUCAAUAUGAAGGGAAUUACACCAAUUAUUGUUGUGAUAUUAUGUAAUGUGCAUGGCUGCUGCCAGUACAUGUUUGUUUCUUUUUUUUAAUGAAACAACACAAAUCUUUUCUUUGUUACAAGUUUGUUAUUUGCCUUGUUCAGUUUGUGGAAAGAUAAAUCCCCCUGUUACUGCAUCAGUGUGUUAUCAUCCAGGAGAAUUCACAGAAUUCACAUCCAGGAGAAAAGGUAAGAUCUUUUUUACAUUUGAAAGAUCAAUGCCAUUUUUAGUCACUUGUCACAUGCAGAUGUUGUAAAAAUACCUUUAUAAUCUGUAUCGAGUAAAAAAAUUAUUCUCCAGAGAACUUUUUCUUUUCAGUUAAAUGGCUUAAUAUAUUUAUUUACCCAAGUGGAACAAUUGGGUAAUGACACAGAAUCUGUCAUGGGAGGUACAGGAUGAUUGACUUCAUCCACCUUACCUUAAGGACCAUGUCAAGGGACAGAGAUAGAGAGAGAGAGAUGCCCCUAUGGUAACCCUCUGCAGCUGCUUGCUUUUCUCGUUUCCCUCUGCUCUGAUAUGUAAGGAAUCUGAGAUGACUGUAUGCUGGAGGCUGCAGUCAUGGCUUUCCAAACAAAAGUGAAUGGAAGUUGUGUAAAAUGUUGAAACCUUUAUCUUUAAAUAUUUUUAAUAGUAUUUUGUAUACCCAAAGUGUUAACUCUAAAAUUAUGUUUGACUUGUAGGCAGUGAUGUGGUUUGCAAUGAUCAGUUCUUUUUUUGGGGCAGAUAAUUGAUUUGAAUGAUUCGAAAAAUUCAUCAGACCUCUUUAAUACUAUGUUCAUAGCUAUUAAUUUUAUAAAGGCAGGAGAUGAGAGCCUAAUUUCCUAUAUAAUUUUAGUCUUGAAUGUUAUGCUUUUAGGUUGUGAGAUUGAUGAGGUUGUGUUGUAUAGGGAAGCCUCAGGAAUUGACUGUUACUGCUGCUUGCAACUCUGAAUUUCUGUGUCCUAUCAGCUUCUUUCUUGAGUACCUUUUGCUCUCCUCCAUUCAAACUCCAAUCUAUAUUUUCUCUUGCAGCUCCUUUAUCUAGAAACAAGCAACUUGCCUUUGUGCCAAAUUCCAUCACUUUCCAAGCUCUGAUUGAAGGUUCUUGCUAAUACAGUAUUAGGCAGAAAUUUUCCCUCUGGUAUCUUUACUUGUUUGUCUGAAAAAAAAUAUGUUCUGUAACCUUCAGAAUUAAUCUAUUCAUUUACACACUGCAGUGUUGGCUUUUCUUCUUUCAUGGCUCAAACAAUUUCUUAUGCCUCUAUAGUUAACCAAACAAAAGUGUUCUGGCUGAUAAGUGACAAAAACAGUGGAAUUAAGUUCUUUUCCCAACUAAAUUAAGUGUGUGCUGGAAACUAGAGACAGUGCCUUCUGAGCUUUGUGAGUCGUGUGUGUUUGGCCAGAAUGGAAUAAGAAUCUCUUCAUUUCAAGAGGAAGGGGGAAAAGUGCAUUUGAAAUGUCAGACUAAUUCGAUACUGAAGUGUUUGAUGAAUGUCAUGUAUGUACAGACCUAUGCAGAUGCUCAUAGUCAUUUCUCAUUCUGUGUUUUAUUCACAAGAGAAGUGUCAAGGGACGAUCAGUCCUAGUCAUGAAGUGCAACAUUUACUUAGCUGUUCAUGCAGUCUGCCUUUAAAUAUGCUGUGUGUUCAGUGGCAGCCUGUUGUAGGAUAAAAGAGCCUUGAGAUCCAUCUGAAGUUACUGAAAACCAUCUGAACAAGGCUAAUUGUUACAGUUCACACUGAUAGAAGACUCAAAUAGGACAGAAGCUGUAUGGUUUGGU